AUGUCUGUCAGCCAGAUUGCCGGUAACCGGAACAGCACGCCCGAGGCCUCGAGCUCGUCGCUGCGCCCACCUUCAUCGAGGGCCAUUGGCGCCAACCACCACCUCCGCGCUUCGGCCGACAUGGGCGUGUUUGCCUCGUCGCCUUUGUCUAACCGCGGAAUUCGCCCCUCCUCCGAGGUCUACUUCAACAAACAGGGCAUUCAGGACGAUGACGCCAUGGACAAUGCUGCCCAGCAGUGGAUCGCGGACAUCGAUCAGUACGAGAUCACGUUGGAGGAGAUGGCCGCUGCGACGCUGGACCAGGAUUUCAAGGACGAGCUCAGUGCCAUCGAGCAGUGGUUCCGUGUUCUCAGCGAACCUGAGAGAACCGCCGCACUUUACCAGCUGCUCCAGCAGACAACGGGCGUGCAGCAGCGCUUCUUCAUUCAGGUCCUUCAGCAGAUGGCCAAGAGCCACCCCAUGUCUAGCGUUCUGUCGCCCGCCAAUUUCGGCGAAAAAGAUCCCAUGUCCCAGAAGCUGAACGAUGCCAUGAACAGGCUCAGCGUCGAGGGCUCCCGCAACUCGGUUGGGCUCGGUCGCCCUCCGCCAUCUCCUGGCGCGAAGCGCAACUCUGGUCUCGACACUAACACAAUCAACUCCAUGUUCCCCGAUGCAGCAGCCGCGAUCGCAAAGCAGAAGGCCGAGUUCACCCAGCAUACCGGGGCUGCCCCCACUUCAAACCGCAACAGCGCUAUUGGCGAUCGCUCAUCGAUGGUCGCUCCUACAAUCUCAGCGCCGGAUGAUGGCAAGAGGGACAAUGCGCCACAGCCACCGUCAUCCCCGUGGGGCCCUCGCAGUACUGAGAACCAGCCACCGCAGCGUCCCAAGUCUUCCUCGAGCCACCACCAGCCGAUGGGUCAGUUUGUUCAGCCUCCACCCUCUGCCGGCGGACUCCGCUCCCCUCGUCCCAUGACGCUCUCCGGAGACCAAAACAUCCAGAGUACCACACUCAAUGCUCCGGACGGCUCUGGAGCCGGCAUGCCUAUGCUCUCUCCAUAUGGAGCCAGCGGAAGCUGGGCGUCAAUGGUGAACACUCCUAUGAUGCCCAACUUCCAGCAGCAGGCGAACCAGGCGGAUAUGGUGGCGAACGCAACGGCGAUGAAGCUGGCCGCUCUUUCCACGGUCAACAACCGGAUACAGCUGGACGAUGUGCGGAAGUACCGCCGGGCUCGUUCUUCGGAGGGACAGGGCUCUGGCCACAACAAUAAUAACAAUGGACAGCAGAACGUUCCCGCCAGCGUUGUCAUGACGAAUGAAUUCGGGCAGGUGCUCACACCUCAGCAGGCAGCCGCUCUACAGGCUCAGCAACUCGCAGCAAUGAACGGUCGCCGUUCGCGUCCCAGCUCCCCAGGCAUGGCGAUGCAGGGUGGUAAUCUCAGUGCAAUGAACUUUGCGUCUCCGCAGAACAAUGGGUUCCUUUCUGCUUACGAUAACAAUAUGGCUGCAAUGAACCUUGGACAGUUUGGAAUUGGCAUGGGCGGUGGCCACGAGGGCUAUCUCUCGGAUCAUUCUGAGAUCAAUCGAGGCCGGUCCCCCAGGGGAAGGAGGGGCAGCUCGAAGCCGCCGGAGGAUCCGACCAACCCGGAUCUCCUCCAGGACAUUCCGGCAUGGCUCAGGAGCCUACGUCUGCACAAGUACACGGACAACCUGAAGGAUCUGAAGUGGACGGACCUGGUUGAACUGGAUGACGAGGGUCUGGAGAAGCGUGGCGUGAACGCUCUGGGAGCUCGGAGAAAGAUGCUGAAGGUGUUCGAGCAGGUCAGAGAGGCCAAGGCUGAGGGAAAGAUAAGCCCGAGUUGA